CGUCUUCAACAUGAAUUUCGUGCCGUCUUCUGACGAGCAGCCGCUCCAACAGCGGACGGUUACACGAGAAAGUGCCGGUCAAAGUAGCAGGACCAGCGAGGUCCAGGUUACAGGGACAGCAGAGGUUUGCUUCCCGGCGGACCGUGUGUCCGUGCGCGUCAGCGUGCGCAGCAGCAAGGAGUCAGUGAGUGACGUCAGCAGCAGCGUCUCACGGCGGAUCCAGUACAUCGUCCAAGUCCUCAGACAGCAUGGCGUGAAGGAUGAAGAUACUUCAAUCAGGAAGUUCCUGAACCAAGAGUCAGACGUCUACCGCAUGGAUGCUGAGGUCACAGUCAUGUUCACGAACUUUGAGAAGAUGGAAGAAGUGUGUUGCGUCCUCUUGGAUAAGCUGGACAAGAGCGUGUGCAUGGGGAAGCCUCAGUUCUUCCACAGUGCCGAGUGCCUCAACCGAAUGAGGUGGCGUGCGUGUGUGUUGGCAGUUGAAAACGCACAGCAGAAAGCCAGCGAGGUCAGUCAGCUUCUGGGGCAAAGUUUGGGUCCCCCGUUACUGGUCAGAGAGGAGGAAACAAAGGAGUGGAGAAAUGAGGAGGAUGGGAGCAGAGCUGUCCUCCAUCCUCAGUGCGCCUUUAUUCCCACCGUCUCCAUCUGUUCCCGAGUGUCCGCGUCCUUCAGCCUCAGAGCCACGAACAGGAAAAACCUCUGAAGACUUUUGUCACAAACUCACCCAGUUCAUAUUUUAGUCAGAACAUUUUAUUGUGCCAUUUUUACGCCUCAAAAGUGCAACAAUAACCUUCAAAUACAGAAGCCACAACAGUCAUUAGUUAAGAAAAAAGAUAAAACUUACGUUUUAAAGAGGUUUUUCACAGUUCUUAAUUUAGAACAUUUUUUCAGAAGGUCAGUGUAACUUAUUUAUAAUAUUUUUCAUCUCACUCCAGUUUAUACAGAUUCAAAUUAAAACAAGGAUUUGUACAAGUCAAAGAUUUAAUGUUUGGACAGUUACAGUCACGAGAGAGUAAAGCCGUCAGAGUGAAAUUAUACAGUUUUGUAAAUAUCCUGAAAAGACCUCAGGUCACCCUGGAACUGGAGCUGUGGAUUUGGAAGUUAUGACCAGUAGGCCUCUGGAACAACCUCAAGAAAAUUUUAUUUCUUAAAACAUGAAAUAUCUUAGUGAGACAUGAUUCUGACAGCAGGGGGCGCCUUUGGGUCAGGAAAAUACUUCUUUCCAGUUUCUCCAGGUAUAGUUUGGGCCUUGACAUCCCAUGAUGCUUCACUGCCAGCAUGCUCUGUGUGUGUGUUCCCGAUUCAGGAAUCCUACAGAAGCAAAAAUGUGUUCUUGCCACUUGUCCAAACAGUUGGUGUGUAAUUUUGCUGCAUUUUUCUCAGCUGAUUUCAAC